GCCCCUCUGCCUCACUCCGCCAGCUGCCGCCGACCGCGAGCCUUCACCCGCUGUCAACUCGCCAUGUCGCUGGCUCCUGUCAGCCCCGCCUUACUGUGCCUGGCGCUGGUCCUGCUACUGUGCCCUGCGGGCGCGCCGGUGGAGGCCGCGCGCAUAUUAGUGGCGUUGCCGCUACGUGCAGUCAGCCACUUCCGGCUGGUGCAGCCGCUGUUGCGCGCGCUGGCCGCAAGGGGUCACCAGCUCACCGUCAUCUCACAUUUCCCCCAGCAGUCGCCACUGCCCAACUACACUGACGUCAGCCUCAAUCGCGGCGACUACCAAGGCCAAGUUCCACCGCCUUACCUGCCGGUGCAGGAGGCUACCCUGGUGUCCGGUGUGCGGGACUGGACUAAGCUGUGGUCGGUCACGGCCGACUACUGCCGCGCCGCGUACGCCUCGCCCGCGGUGCGCCGGCUGCUCGCCUCGGCCGCCCAGUUCGACCUGCUGCUGGUCGAGGUCUUCUCCGGGGACUGCAUGGCCGGCCUCGCCCACCGCUACCACGCCCCGCUGGUCGCCGUCGCCUCCUGCGUCGCCCCGCCCUGGGCCCGCGACAGGAUGGGCAACCCUGACCAUCCAGCCUACAUGGAGAACUUCUUCCUGCCGCUGGUGGCACCACUGGGUUUCUGGGAGAGGACGGCCAACACGGCGUUCUACCUGCUGGCGAGACUGGCCAACUGGUGGCUGUCGGAGCGGGUGAUCGACGCCGCGGAGCGGGCUGCGCUGGGCAGCGGGGCGCCGCCCACCAGCCAGCUGGUCCACAGCACCAGCCUGCUGCUGCUCAACAGCCACUCCAGCGUCAACCAGCCCGUGCCGCUCUCGCCUGGCGUGGUCGAGGUUGGCGGUCUCCACAUACAACAGGCCAAGCCCCUGCCAAAGGAGCUGCAGCAGUUGUUCGACUCGAGCGAGCGCGGCGUGGUGUACUUCAGCAUGGGCACGCUGCUGCGCGUGGACAGCCUGCCCCGGCAGCAGCUGCGCGGAAUACUGCGGGCGUUCGCGUCGCUGCCGCAGCAGGUGCUCUGGAGGGCCGACCGCGCGCUGCUGCCGCCGCUGCCGCCCAACGUGCGCACUUCCGGCUGGCUGCCGCAGAACGACAUCCUCAACCACCCCAAGACGGUGGCGUUCAUCACGCACGGCGGGCAGCUGGGCCUGCAGGAGGCGGUGUGGGCGGGGGUGCCCCUGCUGGUGGUGCCCGUCAGGUCCGACCAGCGCCACAACGCCGCCGCCAUGAGCCGCCGCGGCGUCGCCCUCAGCCUGACCGUGGGCCAGCUGACGGAGCACAGCCUGCGCGACGCUCUGGACAGGCUCAUCAACGACACCAGCUACCGAAAGCGCAUGAGGGAGCUGUCUGCGCUGUUCCGGGACCGACCGCGGCCGCCCCUGGAGGAGGCAGUCUACUGGGUGGAGCACGUGCUGCGGCACGGGGGGGCGCCGCACCUGCGCCCCGCCUCCCUGGCGCUGCCCUGGCACCGGCACCUGCUGCUCGACGUCGCCGCCCCCGCCCUGGCCACGCUGCUGCUCGCGCUGGCGGCCGCCUACGCCGGCCUGCGCUGCCUGCUGGGGCCUCUCUGGAGGGGCAGAGCGGCGCGCCGGGACAGGGUCAAGAGUCACUGAGCGGCAGGAGGCAGCGCUGGACCUCCGGCCCGGUUAACAUCCAGAGGCGAUGCCUUGCAUUUUAUGUCCAAAGUUACUUGCUGGUUGGACGUGUUGUGGUACAGAGAAUUAUCACCUGAGAUGUUUUCAA